AUGGCUUUGAAGAACCUGAUUUGCAUGCGGUUCCAUGAUGGCUGUGAGGUGAAGCCUUGCAGGAAAGUGGCUGUGAUUCAAUGCUGUGCAGUAACCUUGGCUUCUGUUUCCUGCGCUUCUAAAGCAGAUCUAGGAAGACGCACCUCCACUCCAGCACCCCAGAGCAAAAUCUCUUCUGAUGGGAAACUGCAGCGUAAGCAGAAACACAGAGAGUCGACACCCCAAGAUGAAUAUGUGAAGAAACUGAGAACUCGCUCGGCUCAGAAUCUUUCUGCACAAGAUAGCCGACCACUUCCUGUGGGAUAUACAGCGACUCCACAUCCUGACAGUUCUGCAACCCAGGGCAACUUCAUUUCCCUACAAACUCCCCAGCAGAUUCCUUCAGAGCAGAUCUUGUAUCACUGUCUUGAAUGUGGCACCAAUUUCAGUGACCGGGGAAAGCUGAAAAGACACCAGCGUAUUCACACGGGGGAGAAACUGUUUCAGUGUUCUGACUGUGGGAGGCGUUUUAAUCACAAAGGUAACCUUCAAACACACCAGCGAAUUCACAAGGGAGAGAAACCAUUUCACUGUGCUGAUUGUGGGAGGCGUUUUAAUCAGAAAGGUUAUCUUCAAAAACACCAGCUAACCCACAGUACAGAUAAACCGUUUCACUGUGCUGAUUGUGGGAAGAGUUUUAAUCAGAAAGGUGCUCUUCAAAAACACCAGCGAAUUCACACAGGAGAGAAACCGUAUCAGUGUUCUGACUGUGGAAGGCGUUUUAAUCACAAAGGUAACCUUCAAACACACCAACGAAUUCACAAGGGAGAGAAACCGUUUCACUGUGCAGAUUGUGGGAGGAGUUUUAAUCAGAAAGGUGAUCUUCAAAGACACCAGCGAACUCACAGUACAGAUAAACCAUUUAACUGUGCUGAUUGUGGGAAAGGUUUUAAUCAUAAAACUUUACUUGAAGCACACCAGCGAAUUCACAAGGGAGAGAAACCGUUUCAAUGUGUUGAUUGUGGGAAGAGUUUUAAUCAGAAAUGUGACCUUCAACAACACCAGCGAAUUCACGCAGGAGAGAAACCGUUUCAAUGUGCUGAUUGUGGGAAGACUUUUAAUCAGAAAUAUAACCUUCAAACACACCAGCGAAUUCACACAGGAGAGAAACCGUAUGAGUGUCCUGACUGUGGGAGGCGUUUUAAUCACAAAUGUAACCUUCAAACACACCAGCGAAUUCACACGGGAGAGAAACCGUAUGAGUGUCCUGACUGUGGGAGCCGUUUUCAUCAGAAAUCUAACCUUCAAUCACACCAGCUAACCCACAGUACAGAUAAACCGUUUCACUGUGCUGAUUGUGGGAAAGGUUUUAAUCAGAAAUGUGACCUUCAACAACACCAGCUAACUCACACUGAUGGCUGUGAGGUGAAGCCUUGCAGGAAAGUGGCUGUGAUUCAAUGCUGUGCAGUAACCUUGGCUUCUGUUUCCUGCGCUUCUAAAGCAGAUCUAGGAAGACGCACCUCCACUCCAGCACCCCAGAGCAAAAUCUCUUCUGAUGGGAAACUGCAGCGUAAGCAGAAACACAGAGAGUCGACACCCCACGAUGAAUAUGUGAAGAAACUGAGAACUGACUCUGUUCAGAAUCUUUCUGCACAAGAUAGCCGACCACUUCCUGUGGGAUUUACAGUGACUCCACACCAGCGUAUUCACACAGGAGACAAACCCAAUCACUGUAUAGAGUGUGGGAAGACAUUCAGAUUUGCAACUGGAUUAAAACUACACCAGCAAACUCACACAGGAGAGAAACCAUACGAGUGUCCUGACUGUGGGAGGAGUUUUAAUCAGAAAUGUAACCUCCAAACACACCAGCGAAUUCACACAGGAGGGAAACCGUUUCACUGUGCAGAUUGUGGGAGGCAUUUUAAUCAGAAAGUUUCUCUUCAAAAACACCAGCUAACUCACAGUACAGAUAAACCAUUUCACUGUGCUGAUUGUGGAAAGACAUUCAGACUUACAACUGGAUUAAAACUACACCAACGUAUUCACACAGGAGAUAAAACAUACGAGUGUCCUGACUGUGGGAAGAGUUUUAUUGAGAAAAGUAACGUUCAAGCACACCAGCUAACUCACAGUACAGAUAAACCGUUUCACUGUGCUGAUUGUGGGAAGAGUUUUAAUCAGAAAUGUAACCUUCAAACACACCAGCGAAUUCACAAGGGAGAGAAACCGUUUCAAUGUGCUGAUUGUGGGAAGAGUUUUAAUCAGAAAUGUCACCUUCAAAAACACCAGCAAACUCACACAGGAGAGAAACCGUAUGAGUGUCCUGACUGUGGGAGGCAUUUUAAUAAUAAAGGUAACCUUCAAACACACCAGCGAACUCACACAGGAGAGAAACCGUAUGAGUGUCCUGACUGUGGGAGGCGUUUUAUUCAGAAAUCUAACCUUCAAUCACACCAGCUAACUCACAGUACAGAUAAACCAUUUCACUGUGCUGAUUGUGGGAAAGGUUUUAAUUGUAUAACUUUACUUGAAGCACACCAGCGAAUUCACAAGGGAGAGAAACCGUUUCACUGUGCUGAUUGUGGGAAGAGUUUUAAUCAGAAAUAUAACCUUCAAACACACCAGCGAAUUCACAAGGGAGAGAAACCAUUUCAAUGUGCUGAUUGUGGGAAGAGUUUUAAUCAGAAAUAUUACCUUCAAUCACACCAGCGAAUUCACACAGGAGAGAAACCGUAUGAGUGUCCUGACUGUAGGAGGCGUUUUACUCACAAAUCUAACCUUCAAUCACACCAGCUAACUCACAGUACAGAUAAACCGUUUCACUGUGCUGAUUGUGGGAAAGGUUUUAAUCGUAAAACUUUACUUGAAGCACACCAGCGAAUUCACAAGGGAGAGAAUCUGUUUCACUGUGCUGAUUGUGGGAGGCGUUUUAAUCAGAAAUGUGACCUUGAAAAACACCAGCUAACUCACACAGAAUAGAAACCGACAGCUUUGAAAAUCCAUUUACAAACAUUAAUACUGAAGCUAAAUGGAAGAGACAUUUCAGUGAAAAACGAGGUGUAGUGUAGCCUGUUGAGGUCCCUCUAGGAGUAAGAUUUGACAGCAGAAGAAACCGGGAUACAGGCACAUAUGAUCACGAUCCUGUAACUGACAAGUGUAUUUAUAUUCCAUUGUUAGAAUCUUUUAAAGUUUAUAUUUUGGAGUCCAGACAUUUGUAAUCCUAUUGUACAACCCUGUGAACAAAACACGGUUUAUAAAGAUUUCUGGUGACGGCAGCUGCUAUAGAAAUCAUCCACUUUUCUCUCGGCAUAGAAAUGCAUUUCAAAUACAACUUUACUAGGAUGACUUUGAAACUGCAAACCCAUUAGGAUCCAAGCAAGGGAUACAUCAAAUUGGAAGCUUAUAUUUUAUUCUUAGAAAUCUUUCACCAAAGGUAAAUUCAGCACUAAUGAAUAUUCACCUUGUUUCACUGUUGCACACAGAAGAUAUUAAAAAGUAUGGAUUUAAUGCUAUACUACAACUUCACAUUGAUGAUUAAAACAUUCUUGAAAGUACUGGAAUUAAAGUUCCUUUUUCUGAAGAACCAAUUGAUGGUACAGUUGCUCAGUUCACAGGAGUUACCUUAGGGGUGCACACACUUCUGGGGUUCAGGGAAUCUUUCAGUUCAGUUUUUUUUCUGUAGACUCUGCUUGAUUGAUAAGAAUGCGUCUCAGUCAGUAUUCAGCGAUGAUGAUUCUAACAUCAUAUUACGUGACAGUGUUUUGCAUGAACAGCAUUGCAAUGAUCUGCUAGCAGACCCUACAUGACCCUCCUCCUUUGGAAUGAAGCGAUAUUGUUUGCUGAAUGACUUACAGUUUCUUUCUCAUUUCUGAUCAUUUUGCUUUUGAUAUUAUGCGCGAUGUCCUCGAAGGCGUCCCCCAGUAUGAAAUGAAGUUGCUUUUUGGCUCUCUCUCUGACAGUGUCAUCUCCAAGCAUGACAUCAUUGAUAGAAUUCACUCUUAGAAUUAUGGUUUGUUGGGGAGAAUGAAUCGUCCAAGGAUCAAUCUAGAGCAGUCUGGCAAUGGGAUAGAGCUCAACGCUAUGCGGGCAGCAGUGUGGAGUAGUGGUUAGGGCUCUGGACUCUUGACCGGAGGGUUGUGGGUUCAAUCCCCAGUGGGGGACACUGCUGUUGUACCCUUGAGCAAGGUACUUUACCUAGAUUGCUCCAGUAAAAACCCAACUAUAUAAAUGGGUAAUUGUAUGUAAAAUAAUGUGAUAUCUGUAUAAUGUGAAAUAAUGUAUAAUGUGAUAUCUUGUAACAAUUGUAAGUCACCCUGGAUAAGGGCGUCUGCUAAGAAAUAAAUAAUAAUAAUUGCAGAACAUCAUAAGCUUUUCAGAGAGCUAUACCCACAAUGCAUUUCGAUUCCAAAGCACCAUUUCAUGAUUCAUUAUCCCAGAUGCAUCAGAGAAAUAGAUCCAUUAUUGCAUUUCUGGGCAAUGAGAUUUGAGGCAAAGCACAAGUUUAUUAAAAACAGUGUCAAGAAUUUCAAAACUAUUACCAAAUCACUGGCCCAAAAACACCAAAUAGCUACAGCAUGCCACUGGGAGUCUUUAUCAAUAAAGACUAUUGAAUGUGGACCUCUUAAAACACAAGCUUUAAAUGAUUUUCCUGACUGUGAAAUUAUAGCGGAAAAACUGCAAGUUGGUUUGGAUUGUGACAUUAAUAUUACUUCUAGGAUUAGAUACUCAGGAACUGAAUAUCGGACCGGCCGUCUGAUUUGUAUAAAAAUAGAAGACAAAAUGCCUGUAUUUAGUAAAAUAACUGGAAUUGUUCGAGAAGCUGAACAAUAUCUUUUAGUGGCAUCUGAAUUUGAAACAGUUUGUUUUGUAGAACAUCUUCAUUCAUUUCAUGCGAGAGGAACUCGGAAAAACGUUCCAUUUGAUCUUCAGACUUCAUAGGGCUUUGAAGAACCUGAUUUGCAUGCGGUUCCAGUGAGUUAUUUAAUGUACAUGCCAACCACAACAUUGUAUUUUGAUUUUAAGUUGUAUAGUUUUGGAAUUGAAAUAAGUAUCGUGGCACUUUGAGGGCUGGUUAUGCAAUGGGAAUUUCUAUAAAUAUGGAGAUAUAAAGGAAGAUGUAAAUAUCACUCCUUCCACAGAAGGUGCAGGUUUGUCACUGCUUCCAUUGAAUUGAGGAGAUUUAGAAAUUGCAGCCAAAUGUGUGUUCACAAAGAAUGUCCAAAAUAUGAGAUCGAAAGGCAACCAAACCACUCACCGUGGAGACAAACUUUUGGCUGUGAUGUCAAAAUCUCCCGAGUUAAAGUGAAGCAGUAACACAAUGUCAUGUUCUGGAGUUAAAUGCAUUUGUGUAAAUUAUUAAUUGGGCUACAGAAAUAUUACAAAAUAACCCAGGAUGGCAGUGAGGACAUUUCGAUUUGUAAAAUGAUAUUCAAGUGUACUUUUUUUCCUUUACCAGCAGUUAUUCUUGUGGAUGAACACUGUUGUCUAAAAGUAACUGACAUCCAAAAAUUAUAAACUGUACUUAGUGUCCAAAAGGUGUAUUUUGUGAAAUAAAUGCUUUGAU